UAUUACAAAUUUCACAUUUAUCACGUCUUUGUAACCACACUUUACUUAAGGAUCUGCGUUUCCCCUCUUUAAAGCCAAUGUUUUCAACGCAUGCGUCGCAUUUGUGUCAUUGCAAGUGAAAUCUGAAACCGCUUCCUGGUCCUUGCAAGACUCAAGUCUGUGAUGUACAAUUGUAACUUGAUUUAAAUGUUAAUGCUGCUCGGAGCCUUCAUGUCGCAUACCUGUAGUCAGUUUGGAAGAAAGGAAGUUCAUCUUGAGAAGUAUGAGUGAAAGAAAACAGGCAGGAGGCAACACGAUGGCAAACCCUGAAAAAACCAACACUAAAGCAGAAAGUGACUCUUCACGGGUCAUUACUGUGGUUUUUCUAGCUCUCCUGUUGGAUCUUUUGGGGUUCACUCUGAUAUUACCACUUCUCCCUUCAAUUCUGGACCACUACAGUCAGACCGAGGAUGGGAUGUAUCAGUCUCUACAGAGCAUUGUGGACUUCUUUGGGGCAAGCAUUGGGGUUCCAGUGGAAAGGAAAUACAAUGGUGUUCUGUUUGGAGGUCUCAUUGGCUCCCUCUUCUCCCUGCUGCAGUUCCUGUCUUCCCCUCUCACGGGUGCUGCCUCAGACUACUAUGGAAGGAGACCACUGAUGAUGCUUUUAACGGUGGGGCUGAUGUCUUCCUACGCACUGUGGGCAGUGUCCAGGAGCUUCAGUGUCUUUCUCCUGUCCAGAGUUGUGGGUGGCGUAUGCAAAGGCAACGUCAGUCUCUGCACAGCAAUAGUGGCGGACUUGACCUGCCCAAAAGCACGCAACCGAGGAAUGGCUAUGAUUGGUGUUGCCUUCUCUCUGGGCUUUACCUUUGGUCCGAUGAUUGGUGCCUAUUUUGCCCUGAAACCCACAGAGGAUGAGAUCUUUUACCAGGGUCCUGCAGUGCUGGCUCUCUUGUUCUCUGCAGCUGAUUUACUCUUCAUAUUUGUCAUGCUUCCAGAGACACUUUCCAGGAACAACAGGGUCUCCUCAGUGACUUCAGGGAUACAGGAAUCCACUGACCUGCUGAGCCCUCUUGCCUUGUUUCAGUUCACUGCUGUAACAAGAAGACAAGACUCUCCUUCUAAAGAGAGUAUACAGAACCUUAAAGUCCUGGGCUUUGUCUACUUCUCCUACUUGUUUCUCUUCUCUGGACUGGAGUACACAUUGAGCUUUCUGACUCAUCAGCGCUUUCAGUUCACUAGCAUGCAGCAGGGGAAGAUGUUCUUCUUUGUCGGCAUUGCCAUGGCGUUAAUUCAGGGAGGGUAUGCUCGGAGGAUUAAACCAGGGAAACAUAUCAGAACGACCAGAAUGGCAAUAAUAAUUUUGAUCCCUGCUUUCAUUCUUAUUGGCUUGGCUUGGAGUGUAUCGAUGCUGUAUGUUGGACUGUUGCUGUACUCCUUUGCUGCUGCUGUAGUUGUGCCUUGCCUGUCAACCCUGGUUUCUGCCUAUGGCUCAGCCAGUCAGAAGGGCACAGUGAUGGGGAUCCUACGCAGCCUUGGGGCUCUUGCAAGAGUUCUGGGUCCUAUUGUAGCAUCUUCAGUGUAUUGGCUGGCUGGGGCACAAACCUGUUUCAUCGUGAGCUCGGCCUUCUUCGUUGUACCUCUGGCACUCCUCUGGAACUUCAAGGACACAAAAACAGAGUGAGAAGAGGUCCAUCGGGUAUUUUGAGGAAGUUGGGGUGAAUCAACAUGCCGCGCUGAUCAACAAGGGUGUCUGAAAAGUGUAAAGAUGACAUCUAAUAAGUUGUAUUAUUAUUUUUGCACCUUUUUUAAAUAAUGCUAUUAUAUGUAUGUUUGGAACAUAGAAUAUAUUUAAUUGAUUAAAUGGUACAGUUGGGAAAACUAA